UUCUGUGGAUACACCAAAGUUGAAAUCAAACCGUAAACCGGAUUGGUCACACUUGGUAUAACCGAUUCUUCAUGCAAUCGGCUAGCUAUCUUCUUCAAUCAACGUUACACGGUUACACCUAACAAAUAAAAGCUACACUUCUUCCUAAUCACAAAAAGAAAGAAAAUAAACUGAAAAAAAAAUCAAAGCGAAACCACAGAUUCGAUUGAUAUUUUGCUGCUGAAAUUCCAUUAUUUUCUGGAGAAAAAUAAAGGAAUAAAAGAUUUCAAUGAUGUAUGAAGAGAUUGUUCCUGUGUUCGUCUCUGCAUCAGAUGGAAGAUAACAAUUCUCCCAAGAAGGAUUACUAUAAGAUUCUGGAAGUUGAUUAUGAUGCAACUGAGGAGAUGCUCAAACUGAGUUAUCGGAAGCUUGCUUUGAAGUGGCAUCCUGAUAAGCACAAUGGUGAUACUAUGGCUACUUCAAAGUUUCAGGAGAUCAAUGAAGCUUAUAACGUGCUAAUGGAUCCUGAUUUACGUUUUGAGUAUGAUUUAACCGGAAUAUACGAGAUUCACAAGUAUACUUUGCGGGAGUAUCUGGCUAGGUUUAAGGGAAUGAUACUCACUUGCAAUGGACUAGGCAUCAGUCACUCCUCAUCACCAUGGACACAACAAUUGGCGGAAGGCAAUAUCACUACAGAUGAGCAAGGUUUCGAUCUGGCUUCUGUAUCAACUGAAACUGAAACUGAAACUGAAACAGAGCUUAAGUAACAUUUGAUCUUGAAACUCAAAUGGCAUUAUCAUUCGGUCUUCCACAAAUUUUGAUCAGGAGCUGUAAUACAGAGGUGUAUGCUUUUUAUGUCUACCCCCAUUCGACGAUAUAACAGCUUUUUCAGGAUGUUUAUGUUUUAGAAAUAUGAUGGUAUUACACAAUAAGAAGAAAACAUUGUGUCUAGUCAAUGCUUAACCUUCAUAGAUUUUGUGAGUUAGGCCUUUACUCUGUGUUUGUAUUAUAUGGGUUAUACUCAGUGAAGACUUCAAUCUUCGGAUAUUUUUAUUAUACAAGCAUACUUACUCAAA